AUGUAUAGAAUUCUAUUUAUUGGCAAACGACCAUCUCAGAGCAUCCAGCUCUCUUUCACAUUCUCAUUCCUCAUCUCCAGCCCAACUGCCUCCUAUACUGCGUCUGGUCUAAACUAUCUAUCUAUUUAUCACAUAUUCUUCAUAUCUAUCUGUCUUACUUUCUAUCUAUCUAUUUCAUAUUCUUCAUAUCUAUUUAUCUAUCUAGCUAUCUCAUAUCUAUCUCAUAUUCUUCACAUCUAUCUAUUUACCUAUCUAGCUAUCUAUAACAUAUCUAUCUCAUAUUCUUCACACCUAUCUAUCUAUCUAUCUAUCUAUCUAUCUAUCUAUCUAUCUAUCUAUCUCAUAUUCUUCAUAUCUAUCUUAUUCUUCACAUCUAUUUAUCUAUCUCGCUAUCUCAUAUUUUUCAUAUCUAUCUAUCUAUCUAUCUAUCUAUCUAUCUCAUAUUCAUCACAUCUAUUUAUCUAUCUCAUAUUCUUCAUAUCUAUCAAUCUAUCUAUCUAUCUAUCUAUCUAUCUAUCUAUCUAUUUUCAUAUUAAGAAAUAG